AUGCCUGUUAUUGUACACCCUGCCAUUAUGAAACUGCGAAAUCUUGCCGGGGGCCCUUCGGAAGGGGCUACCCGUCGGGAAAGAGCUGUUCAUCAAGGUGGGGAUGUCUCAGAUAGCAGCUCAGAGGGCAGCGAGCACGAAGACGAUGAACAAGAUGGCACCGAGGAUGUUUAUGUGAAGAUAGGUUGCAUCAGGGCUGCGUUGGCAGAAGCUCCUGGAAUCACUCGCACACUGUUGCAUACGGCGUUCGCCACUAGGCGUGGGUUCGAAACGAGUUAUACGUGGAUCCAGAUUUUGACCAGCAUGAACACAGAGGCGGAUGAAGUACGCACGGGCUACCACGAAAGUACCCAGGAAGCAGCGACCGAGGCCGUAGGACAGGAUUGUGGUGAAAUGGACCUACGCGUGGGUUUGCGGGAUGCAGCGCUUCGGCGUGCUAAAAAGCGCGGUAGGGAACACACUACGUUAAUGCUUCAAGUUGAAUGUCUGCGUUUGAAGAUGCCCACGUCGGACACGAGCGUCGGCGCUCGUCAGAUCUGA